CACACACACACACACACACACACACACACACACACACACGUGAUGAUUCCCUCAGGUGUAAGGAAAGAGACAGGCAGACACACAGGUUACGCUUGUUUGAUGAUUGCUGGAUUAACGAGAAACAAGCGUAGAGUAACAAGCCACAGCCUCGUUCACACAUUCCCGAUCAAAAUGCCAUCUAAUAGAUAACGCGCGCUGUCCAGGAACCAACAGGAUUCACAUUACUUUAUACCUACUUAUAUCAUUGGUAUUACUAUGAAUAUAAAUACAGGAUAAGUUGUGCUACCGAUCUAUGCACUAGUAUCAAUACCACUUUCUUUUCCAAUAAUUAGCUGGUUAAUUAAUAGAGGUACCGUUGCUACGCUGAUCCAGGCAGUGACACCACCCGCCCACCACUCCCACGGUCCCACCCUCCCUCCAGUUCAGGUUUUCCUACUCUUUCGUGGCGGCAGGAGGUGUGCGGUUACCUUCUACUACUACAUUUAAAAACCUCUGGUUAAAUUGACACGGGGUUUUUAAAUUAUCUUUACGAUUCUAGUGACAUACUAACAGGAUUUCUACACUCAAAAGGCUCUGUUGGAAGUGACACGUACGGGAUAUCGCGAGUGUUUUCAAGGUUUUCUGACUAAGAAGAGUGCGUUGCUGUUUUCGUCUCAAAAUCUUAUUGCUGGACUAAAGCCAUGAAAGCACAACAGCAGAGAAAGGACUACGUUAUCAAGAAGUCCUCCUCGGCACUCUCAAAAGUCCCUAAACAUGGCAGCAACGUCCUCGCCAGGGAAGAGGCUCCUCCGCUCUAAGUCUGGGCUGAGGAUCGUGCCCAUGAGCGAGUGUGGCAGGAGUCCCUUUGAGUUGAAGGAGCCAGAAUGGAUACCAGACAAACAGAGCCCGACAUGUAUGGACUGCAAGGAAAAAUUCGACUUCCUCAAGAGACGGCACCACUGCCGAAGGUGUGGGCGAGUGUGCUGUGCGGCGUGCUGUGACACUCGCAUGGAGCUACCCAGAAUGUGCUUCCUGGACCCCGUAAGGCUGUGCUCCUCCUGCGCCAACACCACACAGAAGGAGAAAAUCUUCUUCAGCCAGGACCUCAAGAACUUGGUGACGGGGGCAAUUUUGUGUGUGGGCAGCGACAACCCCAACUUGGCCCACUGUCGCCUCUCCCCCGACCAUCGCUUCCUGAUGUUGUCUGGAGACCCUAACUCACCUGACCCGCCCACCUGCAUCCCUCUGCACAGAUUGACGAGCCUUCAGGUGGAGAGAAAAAACCAGGACACGGCUGGGGGCUGCCUGGUGAGCGGCCUGUUGGUGCAGUACUGCCUGGCUGGGGAGGAGAUGCAGGACAUCACCCUGGAGGCCCCAUCGGAUGCCACAACCACUGCCUACGCCUUCCUUGCCGCCCUGGAAAAAGCCGUCUUCAUGAUGCAGGAGUCCAGGGAUGUGAUUGGCACGGGGGAGUAGCGAUGGCUUAACCCUGCGGUUACAUGAGUGGGAGGUUAAAUUUAGGGUUCAUUUAGGUCAGUUAGGUCAGUUUUAGGGUCAUUUGGAUAUGUUAAGGACAAUUUUCUAGGGUCAUUUGGGGAUGUCAAGGACAAUUUUUAGGGUUAUUUGGGUAUGUUAAGGACAAUUUUCUAGGGCUAUUUGAAUGCGUCUGGGGCAGUUUUAAAGGUUAUAUGGAUGUGUUAAGGACAAUUUGCUAGGAUUAUUUGAGUGUUGAGGUGAAGUUUUUGAGUUCAUUUGUGUUAGGCAAAUUUUUAGGGCAUAUUUGAGUGUGUGAGGUUGGUGAGGUUACUCAAGUGUGUGGAGGUUAAAGGAAAUGAAAUCUUGAGGUUAUUUUGUGAGUGUUAGCACAAUUUCUUGGGUUUAUUUGAGCAUUUGAGGUUUGAUGAGGUUAUUGAGAGAAAGAAAGUGAGGUUUUUCAGUGUCAUAUGUGUGUUUGAAAGGAGAGGUUUAGGGCUUCUUACAUUGGGAUAGGUUUGGUGAGGUUAAUUUAGUGUCAGGUCAGAGUGAGGUCAUGAGGUUUGUUGAGGUUAUUGAAGGAAAGAAAGUGAGGUUUUUCAGUGUCAUAUGUGUAUUUGAAGGGAGAGGUUUGGACAGGUUUGGGGUUUCUUAGAAUGUGGUAGGUUAGGUGAGGUUAUUCUAGUGUCAGGUCAGAGUGAGAUCAUGUAAGUGGCAGGGCAGAAUUUAAGGAUUAUUUAAGUGUGUCAGGUUUAACAUUUUGGAUCAUGGAAGGUCAGAUUAAGUCAUUAGAGGUCAUUAGCCACUUAGCUCUCAAGAACACUGACCUUUGACCUUUGUCCAGAGUAUAUGUGGAGUGGUUGUUUGUUUGUUUGUUUUUCUGUGCCAUUGUAUUACAUGAAGAAUUUUUUUUUUCCAUGUUAUUUGUGAAGUGCCACUUUUGAUAUUGUUCAGGAAAAAUUGCCAAAAAGAGAAGUGUUAUUUGAGAUAUGUUUGAGUGUGUGUGUGUGUGUGUGUGUGUGUGUGUGAUCAGUUCAUUCAUGUAUUCUAUCUUUUCUUUUUCUUUUAUUUUAUUUAUUCAUGUUAAAAGCUUAUCAGAGAAAUUAUUUGCUGAGAGAUAUAUUACAGGGAGAUGUUGGUGUGUGUGUAAUUCACCUCGGUCGUCUGCUGGUCACCCAGCCAGUCUUCCCCAUUAUGGAGCGAGCUCAGAGCUCAUAGACCGAUCUUCGGGUAGGACUGAGACCACAUCAACACACAACACACACCGGGAAAGCGAGGCCACAACCCCUCCAGUUACAUCCUGUACCUAGGUGAACAAGGGCCACACAUUAAGAGGCUUGCCCAUAUGCCUCGCUGCUUUCCGGGACUCGAACUCGGCCCUCUCGAGUGUGAGUCGAGCAUGCUAACCACUACACUACGCGGUGUUUGCUGGCUGGAAGAUGUUGAUGUGUGUGUGUGUGUGUGUGUGUGUGUGUGUGUGUGUAUGCGUGAUUGUGUGAAAAGCUCAUUGCGAAUUCUUAACUUUAGGAUUCUUUUUCGGGAAGAGUGAUGCAUUUGGUAUUCAGAAACAAAAAAAAAUCUUAACAAACAAGGAAAUUUACUUGAUUUAUUGAAAGGCUCAUAAUUAACUACUCACUGCUUUCUCUUUCUUUUUUUCUAUCUAUUAUUUCUUGACACAUUUAGUAUAUAGCAUUCAAAGAGUCUUGCCAAACAUACCACUAGGAAAUGUAUAUGUUCAAU